CCAAUCCCAUUCAUUCCUUCAAUCAAUCUUCUUCCUCUCCCUUCUCUUCUCUCUCUCUCUCUCUCUCUCUCUGCGCUUCUUCCCUCUUUUCUCCGUCGUCAGAUCUUCUUCUUCUCUCGUAUAAUAACAAACCAAAAAAAAAAAAAAAGGAGGCAACAACACGCGACGCGCGCCAAAUACGAAUCGAAUUCAAUCCUCAUCUUCCUCCUCGUCCUCCUCCUUCCUCUCUUCCAGACUGGGUUGUUGAUAAGAUGGCGGAAGCACCGGCGAGUCCGUUGGGCGGUGGGAGCCACGAGAGCGGCGGCGAGCAGAGCCCGCAGUCGGGUGGUGUGAGGGAGCAGGACAGGUACCUGCCCAUUGCAAACAUCAGCCGCAUCAUGAAGAAGGCGCUCCCGAACAAUGGGAAGAUCGCCAAGGAUGCCAAGGACACUGUCCAGGAGUGCGUCUCUGAGUUCAUCAGCUUCAUAACCAGCGAGGCAAGUGACAAGUGCCAAAAAGAGAAGAGAAAGACAAUUAAUGGUGAUGACUUGUUAUGGGCGAUGGCAACCUUGGGGUUUGAAGACUAUAUUGAGCCGCUCAAGGUAUACCUGGCUAGGUACAGAGAGGUAAGUUAUGCUUCGAAAGGUUCUGCAAGGGGUGGAGAUGGAUCAGCUCGGAAGGAUAUUUCAGGAGGUCAACCUGGUCAGAAUGUCCAGUAUGUUCAGCAGGCUUCAUUGUCUCAACCUGUGGGCUAUAUGAAUCCACAGUACGGUCAACAGGGCUCAGUAAAUUACGUCAAUGCGCAUCAAUGAAUUACAUUAGUUCUUUUUCAGGCACAGAUGCAGCAUUUGCAAGCUCUCACGGUGGGAGGUGAAGCAUGGUGCGAGGAGCUUCUCUUCUAUAGAUAUUAUGGUGAAUGGCGAGGUAGAUAUAGGCGAAUAAUAUUGGAAAAGCAUCUUUAAUGUGGUUAUAUUAGUUCACAAUAUGGUGUACUUGUAGGUCUGGAAUAGUGAGGGAUUGAAGGUUGACGUCUAGGAUAUUUUUGUUGUUAAUUAGGAAAACAGCUACAGUUGCCUGAUAUUCUGUAAAUUUGGUUCACUCAUUGAGCACCUAAUCGACUUUUUA